AUGAGCUCGCCUUCUAGGAAACGUCAACAUGAGGACGAUGAUAUGGAUGUAGAAGGUGAAACGAAGCAUCCUUUUAAAUGCCUCCCAAUGUAUGGUGAACACAAACGAGCGGUGUCCUCUGUGAAGCUAGCCCCCUCCCGAUUGACUAAGGAGCACGCGGCACUGUGUGCCUCGGCCUCUGCCGAUGGGAGCGUCAAGAUUUGGGAUUUGGGGGCUUCGAUGGACGAUAAGACUCAGGAGUCACUACUACAACCAGAAACUACACUAUUAGGGCACUCGCGGGGAAUAAAUGAAGUCUGUUGGUCCAACGGCGGUGACCCCUUUGUGGCCACUGCUAGCGAUGAUAAAACCUUGCGAUUGUGGGAUGCGCAAACGGGCGAUGCCUUGGUGGAAUUCCGGGGACACGAUAAUUUUGUAUUUUGCUGUGAAUUCAACGGACCAUCCAAUCUGCUCGUUUCGGGGAGUUUUGAUGAAACGGUCAAGCUUUGGGAUGUCCGAAGUGGCGAAUGUGUAUGUACCUUGCCAGCCCAUUCGGACCCAGUCACAUCCGUUUCCUUCAACAGAGACAGCAGCUGCGUGGUAUCGGCAAGUCAUGAUGGAUUGAUUCGAGUUUGGGAUGUCUGCACUGGUGAAUGUUUAAAGACCAUCUUUGCUGCUGGAAACCCUCCCGUCAGUCAUGUCACCUAUGCGCCCAAUGGAAAGUAUGUCCUCGCAGGAACAUUGGACAGUGCGAUUCGCUUAUGGCCCAUUGGUGUCAGUGGAAAAGCAAAAUGUUCCAAGACGUACUCAUCGGCCUUUCACAACAAUUCCAAGUAUUGCAUUGUGAGCAAAUUCAUGGUGGCACAACCAAAGCGACGUCAAUGCAUUGUCACUGGGAGCGAAUCGGGUCAUGUUGUUUUGUACGAUGUCCAUACUACUAAAGUCCACCAGGUCUUGGACAGGGUCCACAAGGACGUUGUCUUGGCGGUCGAUGCUCACGACAAGAUGGAGCUUUUGGCCAGUGGUGGAAUGACAAAAGAUCGAACUGUGAGGUUUUGGGCUCCAGAAGAUGAAUCAGCCAGCCUGAAGAAGUUGAGAACUGAUUAA